UGUUUUUUAAGGAAAGUACUCUAUUAGUGUAGAUUUUCCGUGUGUUAUCCCCUUCGUUUUAUUAUUUCGAUGGUGUGGACACUGCUGCGAGCGUAAAAAUGUCGCAACCGCGAAUGCGCAAAGUGGUGGCCAGCGGAGACGCAGCGCCGCGCGCCCGCGCCUCCGUCACCAAGGCCUCGGGAGACUCGGUCGCCAGCGCAGCCCGCCCCCACCCAGAGCCUCUGCGAAGUAGGAGCAAAAAUAAAAUACCCAAAAGCGUGCGCUACGAUUUGGAGAACGCAUUAGUCAGUCCUCCUCAGCCGGCGGCUGCGAGCUGUGCCGGCUGCUGUUCAACGCCGCGAACUGCAUCGAGAGCGCGGUCCACCAGGCUGCCCACGCGCAGCCGUCGGCCCCUCUCGCCGCUGCUGUCAGUGCCGCAGACUCCUCGCGAUUGCACGCAGCCUCAACCACCCAAUUGUGAAGAGGAGCAAGUGGAGCGGCCACGCACCCGUAGGAAAAAACGCAGACAACAACCACAACCCCAGUUGAGCUGGCGAGUGCCACGCCUGUGCCGGACCUACAGCGUCCCGUCUCCGGCCGCCACCGGGAGUCGCAUGAGGAGGAUCGCAUCGCAACCGCCGCAGCACCAUAGUGACCACUAUUUCCAAUUCAUUAAACCACGCCGAGAAUCGGUGAUGAAGAAUAAGACAACUCAAACGAACAAGGCCAUGUGGUGUGUAGAUAAGGGCUGUCAGAGUGAACAAUCGUGGAUGCGUUCGCGUAGACGUAGCCCCGAUUAUUACGGCCGUCCUUCGCGCAGCCCUGGCUCCCGCAGUAUGUCGUGUAGCCCGCGUGUGCGAAGCUUCCACAACCGGAGCCCCGCUUCGCCUGAGCCUGUCCCUCGUCCUGCCGAGACGUCCCCACCGUUGUCUCUGCCGCGAAACAACAUCUAUCGGCUCAAGCGACCAGAACCCACUGCCUACGACACACGUGGCUUAUUCCAAGAUGAGUUAAUAGAUAUUAUAGGAGAAACAAAUGAUAAAAGGCUAAGAUUGUUGUACAGCAGUCCUGAGAAGGAUGAUGAUGAUUAUCCUUCGUAUAUGAACCUGUUUCCACUACACGCCGACCGACAAGUGAAGCCCGGUGGUCCGAAGAAGAUUCCUUGGAGAUAAGACUACAUAAAUUAAGUUAGCAACUAAUAGUGGCCAAGCUCGCUGAUUAUAUAAUAUUAUAUUUAAACAUUCUUUAACUGUAUUCCUUUAUAUACCUGUAACUUAAUUUCAUAGAAGCGAACGUUUGUUGUUAUUGAUAUUUUAUGUAUUACGUCAUUUAAGCUGUUGG